AUGGCCUCAAAGGUACAAGGAAUUAGUAUUGCAAUUGAUCGGGGCGGAACCUUUACAGACUGCGUGGGCAAUCCAGGGACAGGAUGCCUUGAAGAUGAUAUUGUGAUCAAAUUGCUCUCAGAGGAUCCCGCCAACUACAAAGAUGCACCUUUGGAAGGUAUCCGACGCAUCCUUUCCAGAUUCACAGGCCGUGAUAUCCCUCGCGGUGAGCCUAUAGAUACUUCUUUGAUCCAAAGUAUCCGCAUGGGCACAACCGUUGCAACCAACGCAUUGCUGGAAAGGAAAGGAGAGAAUAUUGCACUUGUAGUCACCAAGGGUUUCAAGGACUGUCUGUUGAUUGGGAACCAGUCCCGCCCCAAGAUCUUUGACUUGGCCAUCAAACGUCCCGACGUGCUCUAUGAGGAAGUGAUUGAGGUGGAUGAAAGGGUCACUUUGGAGGACUACGCAGAAGAUCCCCAACGAAAUACCACUGUCACUGCCCCUCGGGAGCAGACUACCCCAGAGGCUGAUGUUGUGCGUGGCCUUUCCUCUGAAGCAGUUCGUAUCCUAAAACGCCCAUCCGAAAGCUCCGUGAGGUCACAGCUCCAGAAGGUAUAUGAUAGCGGAAUUCGAAGCAUAGCUGUAUGUUUUGUCCAUGGAUACACUUUCCCAGAUCACGAGGCACUGGUGGGAAGAAUUGCCAGCGAGGUCGGCUUUCGACAUAUCAGUUUGAGUCACCAGCUCAUGCCCAUGAUCAAACUCGUGCCGCGCACCACUUCAGCUUGUGCAGAUGCAUACCUAACCCCAGCCAUUAAGAAGUACAUCUCAGGGUUCCAGGCUGGAUUUGAGGGUGGACUAGGAAGUGAAAGUGUCAAACAAGAAGCUGGCACCAAAGGCGCACGCUGCGAGUUUAUGCAAUCAGAUGGAGGCUUGGUAGACGUGGACCAAUUUUCAGGCCUACGAGCAAUUCUUUCUGGCCCUGCUGGUGGGGUCGUCGGCUAUGCGUUGACUUCAUAUGACCCUUUGUCGAAGAUUCCAGUGAUCGGCUUCGAUAUGGGAGGGACAAGCACGGAUGUCAGCAGGUAUGGGUCUGGUCGGUAUGAACACGUUUUCGAGACAACUACUGCUGGAGUGACUAUCCAAUCUCCUCAAUUGGACAUCAACACUGUUGCUGCAGGGGGUGGCUCAAGGUUAUUCUACCGUAAUGGUCUAUUUGUCGUGGGACCUGAGUCUGCCGGUGCCCAUCCGGGGCCUGCUUGUUAUCGCAAAGAUGGCCCUUUGACGGUCACUGAUGCCAACCUGUUUCUUGGGCGCUUGGUCCCCGAUUUUUUCCCGAGUAUAUUUGGCCCCAAGGAAGACCAGGGAUUGGAAGAAGAUGCAAGCCGCUGCCUCUUUGAACAACUCGCCAAGUAUAUCAAUGAAGAAUUGGCCAAGGGAGGCCAAAGCAGAGAGAUGACCCCCGACGAGGUUGCAUUUGGAUUUAUCAAAGUCGCCAAUGAAACAAUGACCCGACCAAUUCGGUCCUUGACCGAGGCAAAAGGGCACGAUACUUCAAAACACAGGCUGGCCACCUUCGGAGGGGCUGGGGGACAACAUGCCGUUGCUGUCGCUGAAAGCCUAGGCAUUUGGCAGGUUUUAAUUCAUCGGCACUCGUCUGUGCUUUCAGCAUACGGAAUGGCUUUGGCAGAUGUGGUUGAUGAGAAUCAAGAGCCUGAAUCCAAGAUAUGGGGGAAUGAGGCUCGACACGAGCUUGAAUUGAGGAUAAAUGAGCUCAAAAAGCGAUCUACACAGAGGCUGCAAGACCAAGGCUUUGAUGAUCAUUCGAUAAUAUUUGAAGAAUAUCUUAAUAUGCGAUAUCGAGGUACAGAAUCCGCUUUGAUGAUAUUGAAACCCAGCAAGGAAGAGGGUUACUCUGACGACUGGGCUUUUGGCGAGGCAUUCGUGAAGCAACAUGAUCAAGAGUUUGGCUUUACCCUUCCAAAUCGAGAUAUCAUUGUGGAUGACGUGCGGGUGCGAGGAAUCGGGAAAAGGUUCAAAGCAUCAGAGAAGACUGUGGAUCAGCAGAUCAAAGAAUCCUGUCCAAGGGAUGUCUCCAGUGGGGAGUAUCGCAAAUCCCUAGUAUAUUUCGAAGGUGGUAGGCUUGAAACCCCCAUCUACAAAAUUGACGACUUGAAAGUUGGUGAUCGGGUGAGAGGCCCGGCAAUCCUGGCCGAUGAUACCCAGACCAUCGUGGUGACACCUGGGGCCUCGGCACUUUUGACAAAAACUCACAUUGUUAUCAACAUUGGGAAAUCUGAUUCUAGCAAUCCCAAAACGAGCACCGAGCAAGUCGAUCCGAUACUUUUGAGUGUUUUCUCACACAGGUUCAUGGCCAUUGCAGAGCAAAUGGGACGAGCAUUGCAGAAGACAAGCGUCAGCACCAAUGUCAAGGAGCGACUUGACUAUUCUUGCGCUUUGUUCGACGCAGAAGGCGGACUUGUUGCAAAUGCACCACAUCUGCCCGUCCACCUCGGAAGCAUGUCGACCUGUAUACGGAUCCAGGCCCAGAUCUGGCAGGAUAAAUUGAAUCCUGGCGAUGUCAUUGUAUCGAAUCACCCUGAAUAUGGGGGAACCCAUCUUCCAGACAUCACCGUUAUCCAACCAGCCUUUAGCCAGGGAAAGAUCAUCUUCUAUGUUGCCUCCAGGGCACAUCAUGCUGACAUUGGGGGGAUACUCCCGGGCUCCAUGCCGCCUCAUUCAAAAGAGCUAUACCAAGAAGGCGCAACCAUCAAGAGUGAAAAGCUGGUGUCCGAAGGCAAGUUCAAUGAGAAGCGGAUCACAGAAUUGCUGUACGCAGAACCAGCCCAGUACCCCAACUGCAGUGGAACUCGUUGCCUGGCAGAUAAUUUGAAUGACCUCAAGGCCCAAAUUGCUGCGAACAAGAAAGGUAUCAACCUGAUCGGAACUUUGAUUGAGGAAUAUGGCGAGGAUGUUGUACAAUUCUAUAUGCAUCAGAUCCAGGAGAACGCAGAGCUUAGCGUUCGUGAUUUGCUGAAAGGCGUCAGCAAAACCUUUGCCGGACAAGACUUGAGUGCCAUCGAUUACAUGGAUGACGGAAGCCCGAUUCAGUUGAAGAUUGCUAUAGACGCGGGUAAGGGUGAGGCCAUUUUUGAUUUUGAAGGAACAGGACCACAAGUUUAUGGCAAUGUGAAUGCACCGGAGGCUGUCACAUAUUCCGCAAUCAUCUAUUGUCUGCGAUGUCUGAUCUCUGCGGACAUUCCGCUGAACCAAGGCUGCUUGAAGCCGAUUGACGUUCGAAUUCCCCCAGGAAGUAUUUUGUCCCCCUCGGAAAGUGCUGCUGUGGUUGGUGGCAAUGUACUGACGAGUCAACGAGUGACGGAUGUCAUUUUAAAAUGCUUCCAGGCGUGUGCUGCCUCGCAGGGUGAUACCAACAAUCUCACAUUCGGAUUUGGGGGAAAUCAGCGUGGUGAGACUGAGAUGAAGGGAUUUGGCUAUUACGAGACCAUCGCAGGUGGAAGCGGAGCUGGCCCAACAUGGGAAGGUACCUCGGGGUAUUUGAGCGACGAUAUCCAGUCAUACUUCGAGAAUUUUGCUGCAGGCCAAACUCUGGAGGCAAGGGUCAGCACCGCGGAGGGGAUGGUGUUAGGGGGAGAGGAUGCGGAGUGUGGCCAGAACCUCUGGGUGCGCCGAGUGCAGAGACAAGAUGAAAGCUGGGAAGAAAGAUAUAUCAAUCUGGGUGCUAAAAACUCCGCCCAGAUGCAAGCAGGGGAGCAGAUUAUUGUUCGCACGCCUGGAGGAGGAGGAUGGGGUUUACCCAGUAAGAAAAGCCAAGUCCUUCGACAGGAAGAUGCUCGCCAUUCUUGGAGAGGCGGUUCCAUCGUCAACCGCGUGGCGAUACAGGAGGCGAGUGUCUAG